AUGGGCUCAUCAAGCUCCCCUAUCCUCUACAACAAAGGGGUGCCAAAUAUACCAUAUUUCACCCCGGCACAUGCCUCAAACCCGGGCACACCGUUUACCCCAUCUUCUGACACUCCAACCCUGUUCACUCCUCUCAAGAUCCGCUCCAAAACCCUGCGCAACCGCAUCAUAGUGGCCCCAAUGUGCCAAUACUCCACUGCUUCGUCGGGCCCUGACAUCGGCAAACUCACCGACUACCACAUCGCAACGUUAGGCCAUUACGCUCUGAAAGGGGCAGCGUUGGUCUUUAUCGAGGCGACGGGCGUGCAGUUCAAUGGACGAAUCAGCCCCAACUGUCCUGGAAUAUGGAGCGACGCGCAGACCGAGAGCGUCAAGCGUGUCUCGGACUUUGUCAAGUCACAGGGUGCUCUUUCCGGGAUCCAGCUCGCCCACGCCGGACGAAAGGCGAGCACCUUGCCGCCGUGGAUAGCAUCAACUGUCAAGAGGCCGUCGGUGCGUGCGGACAAGACCGCUGACGGAUGGCCAGACGACGUGGUAGGGCCGAUGGGCGGACCAGAGGAGAGCUGGGAUGGCAAAGGAUUGGCGGAAGACGGUGGCUUUUGGCCUCCGAGGCAGCUGACCGUAGAGGAGAUUCAAGGUGUGGUCAAAGCAUUUGCAGACAGCGCAAGAAGAGCCGUGGAAGCUGGCAUCGACGUGAUUGAAAUCCACGCCGCACAUGGCUACCUGAUCCACCAAUUCCUCAGCCCCAUCACCAACCGGCGCACCGACCAGUACGGGGGCAGCUUUGAGAAUCGUACGCGGAUGCUGAUCGAAGUCAUCACGGCCGUCCGAGCACAGAUACCACAGGAAAUGCCUCUCUUCCUGCGCAUCAGCUCGACGGAGUGGAUGGAGGAGACGGAUCUGGGCAAGCAACUCGGAAGCUGGGAUGUGGACAGCACGAUUAAGCUGGCCCGUCUGCUGCCGGGGCUGGGAGUGGAUCUCCUCGACGUUAGCAGCGGCGGUAACCAUCCUCAGCAGCGCAUCAAUAUGUUUGCGUCCAAGGACUACCAGACCAAGAUCGCCAACCAGAUUCGGCAGACCAUGAAGGCAGACAACCUGAAGCUGCUCAUUGGGGCCGUGGGCCUCAUCACGGAAGCCGAGCAGGCACGGGAUAUUGUCGAGGACAAAGCAUCGGACAAGAGUAUCGGGGAAGAAGCCAACGCCGCAAAGGAGAUGACAGAUGCGAAAGGUGGCAAGGAGCCGAUGGCAGAUGUCAUUCUCGUGGCGAGGCAGUUCAUGAGGGAGCCGGAAUGGGUAUUGAAAGUGGGCUGGAAGCUGGGUGUCGAUGUUGCCUGGCCCAGCCAAUUCCUGAGAGUGAGGUUUCCAAAGCUGUAG